AUGCGCCUGUACCCGGACCUUAACCAGCUUUCCGCGGGGGAGCGCGUGCAGCAGCGCGUGAAGCGCAUGGGCGGCGACGUCCGGCAGCUAGUGGAGCAGCUGUGGGCGGAGGUGGAGGACAUGGAGCGCACGCGCAUGCAGACCCGGGCGGCACGGGCGGCAGGAACCGGGGGAGGAAGGAGCGGGGAAGCUUCCUCCGGGGUGGUUUCCUCUGGUGGUGGAGCGGGUAGUUCCGCCGCAAGCGGGGAGUCUGAUAAGGGCGUGAAAGUGAAGGCGAAGGUGCAAGAGAGGGAGGAAGUUCUGCCGUCGUUACAGAGGCCAGCGGGGUCUGGGCGGUUUGAUAAUGCUGCAGAGGCGAGCAAGGUCUCUUCUGACAAGGGCGUGCAAGGGGAGGCGAUGGGAGGAAAGGCGAAGAAGGCGAAGAAGGGGAAGAAGGGGAACAAGGGGAAAGAGGAGAGGGAAGAGGUGAUGCCCGUGUUGCAGAGGCCAGCAGGGUCCGUGCACGCGGUAGAGGCGAGCAGCACAGUGGUGGUUGAGAAGGGCGUGGAGGGGGAACGACCUGCAGAGAAGAAGAAGGACGAAAGGGAAGUCGUCCUGCCGGCGUUACAGAGACCAGUGGGGGGUUCAGGGGGGGCUGUGAGCGCUGACGAGGCCAGCAGGGUGCCUGUCAAGGGCACGACAGGGGAGACAAUGGAUGGGAAGACGAGGGAAAUGGCGAAAGAGGAGGAGAGGGAGCAAGUCCUGCCGGCUUUACAGAGACCAGUGGGGGGUUCAGGGGAGGCUGUGAGCGCUGACGAGGCGAGCAGGGUGGAGGGGGAGACGAUGGAUGGGAAGACGAAGAAGAAAGAGAAGGAGAGAGAGCAAGUCUUGCCAGCGUUACAGAGACCAGUGGGGGGGAAGACGUCUCGUCACCCCGUCUGUCUUCUCUCCGUCGUCUCCCCUCUCCACCUGGAUUUGUCAGUCGUAAUCCGACCCCUUCCCCCCUCCCCCACCUUCCCACCCUCAUUCUUUCCCCACCGCUCCCCCAAGCCUGGGACCAUCAGCAACCCCCAGGCUGUGACGCCUAUCCCCAAGGGCCUUCCCCCCGUUGUCACCCCUCCGCCUGUCGACCUGCGCCGCACCCAUCCUGAUUUCUUUCGCCCUCCCUUCCCCCCCAAACCCUGUUCUUUCCACCACUCCAGGCCUUCCAAGCCUGGGACCACCAGCAACCCCCAGGCUGUGACGCCUAUCCCCAAGGGCCUUCCCCCCGUCGUCACCCCGCCACCUGUCGACCUACCAGAGGAGAAGGUGAUUCAGCAGGCAGAGAAGGAGCGCACAACAGUGCCAGCCAAGGUCGUCACAUGCAACCACGGCGGCCUCGUGCUUUCACUCAACGGCGUACAAGCCUUCCUCCCAGCCAGCUACAUGCACCCGGAGCUCCGCCGGUGGAGCUUCCGAGGCUGGCUCCGAGCCAACGGGCACGACCCGAACCUGUUUGGGGCGCGGGAGGAGAGUGGUGGGGGGGAGGGGGGAGGCAGGGGAGGGGAGAAAUGGAAGGCAUGGAACAAGGGGAAAGAAGGGAAAAAGGGGGAAGAGAAGGAAGAGGGGGGAGAAGAGGGGAGAAUGGAAGGAGAGGGGGGAGAGGGAGAAGAGCGGGCAGUUGGAGGGGAGGGUGUGGAGACCUUGAGGGUUCAGCUGAGUGAGCAGUACACUCAGGAGAAACUCGCUCUCUUCUCGUCCUAUGUGGGGGAGGUGAGACUUGCCCUCUUCUUGUCCUAUGUGGGGGAGGUGAGACUUGCCCUCUUCUUGUCCUAUGUGGGGGAGGUGAGACUUGCCCUCUUCUCGUCCUAUGUGGGGGAGGUGAGACUUGCCCUCUUCUUGUCCUAUGUGGGGGAGGAGGUGCGAGUGAGAGUUGAAAGGUGUGACUCGAAGACGCGCUCUGUCUUUGUGACACAAAGGGGGGCGGAUCUGGAGGACGAGGAGAGGGUGGAGAGAAGGGAACAGCUGCAGCACCGGCUGGAAGCUGGGGAUGUUGUAACGUCCACAGUGGUGUACAUCGGUGACAUGAACAUGACCGUUCAGGUGGACGGAGUCAACGUCAUGAUCCAUUAUGACAGUAUCCGGCAGCUGAAGCAAGGACCAGUGGACACGUGGCCCUUCCCCAUUGGCCAUCAAGCCAGAUGCAAGCGUUCGUAUUUGAGGCACCUCAAAAUAGUCUCCCCCCUCCUCCUCUCUCCCUCUGUCCCCCCCUCCUCCGCUCCCUCUGUCUCCCCCUCCUCCGCUCCCUCUGUCUCCCCCCUCCUCCGCUCCCUCUGUCUCCCCCUCCUCCGCUCCCUCUCCUUCAAACCCCUCAUGCACCGGCCAGUCUCUGCCAGUGCACGUGCUUCGCAGCAAGUCAGUCCAAAAGCGCCUGCUCGUUGCACUGGAGCCACCCUUUCCCAACCUCCCUUGUGUUUUUCCCCUCUCUCCCUUUCGUACCCUGCCCGCACCGGCCAGUCCCUGCCAGUGCAUGUGCUUCGCAGAAAACCCGUCCAAAAGCGUCUUCUCAUUGCUCUGCAGCCACCCUUUCCCGUCCUCAUGCGUUCUUCCCCUCUCUUUCUUCCGUACCCUGCGCCCGCACACACCGGCCAGUCCCUGCCAUCCCUGCCAGUGCACGCAGCAGCUGAGCUGGAAGCAGUGGCAGCCAGUCUCAGAGAGACACCUGGCAUAACGUCGGUGACUCUGGGGCGUGUGAUUGGUGGAGGCGCCUUGGCUCCUGGAUUUCAGAUCUUCCUGGCAUCACAGUCAGACUCAGAUUACAAGCUUGUAGCACGUGCUGGGCUGACCAUCCAAGAGGUAAUGAUCUUCCUUGACUAA